CGCUAUAAAGCGCAAUUGGUUGCACCGUCUUCUCAGGUUCAGCAACACACAAAUGGCAGAAUUGGAAGCCAAUCAGCGAACGGAGAGGGUUGAAGACAAUGAGAGGGAGCUCAAAUAUCUAGAUUUUGUUCAAGUGGCGGCGAUCUACUUCUUCGUCUGCUUUUCAACGAUCUAUGAAUACGCCAAGGAGAACUCCGGUCCACUUAAAGCCGGCGUCCAGACCGUCGAAGGAACCGUCAAAACCGUCAUCGGACCUGUCUAUGAGAAGUUUCAGGACGUCCCCUUCGAGCUCCUCAAAUUUGCCGAUCGUAAGGUGGACGAGUCAUUGAGCGAGUUGGAUCGGUACGUGCCGUCACUGGUGAAGCAGGUGUCUAGCCAAGCCAGAGUCGUAGCAUCGGAGGUGCAGCGCGCCGGAGUGGUGGACGCUUCGAAGAUCAUCACGAGGAAUGUGUACACCAAGUAUGAGCCAACGGCAAAAGAGCUGUACGGGAAGUACGAGCCGAUGGCAGAACAGUACGCAGUGGCCUAUUGGCGGUUACUGAACCGGCUUCCCCUGUUUACGCAGGUGGCUCAGAUCGCGGUACCAACGGCAGCUUACUGGUCUAAGAAGUACAAUCGGGCGGUUUGCUAUGCUACAGAGAGAGGACACGCAGCGGCGUGUUAUUUGCCGGUUAUCCCAGUGGAGAGGAUUGCUAAAAUGUUCGGGGAGACUGAGAGUAGGCCCACUGUUUCCACCAAUGGGGAAUCUGCCGUGGCGCAAUAAGGGGCGUUAGAUUUUAUCUCAGGCUUUUGUGAGAUGAAAUGACCGGUUGAGAUUUUUUCUCGACCAUCGGGGAAGUUGCUUUUUUUUAGGUUUGUUAAUAACCUAAUUUUGAGCAAUAUGUUCAAAUAUUCAGGGAUCACGAAUGGUAUCAGAUUAUGAAUUGUUUAAGAAAUUCCAUGAAUUGCGUGAUAAUGAUUACAAUUUCCUUUUAUUCGGAAGAUAUGUAUGUUUUUUUAAGGGUUGCAA